CCGGCCCCGCGGCCCUCCCCGCCCCGCACCGCCGCUCUCCGCUCUCCUCUGGCGCUGCGGGGCCCCGGGAGGCGGCGGACCUCCCCGUUCCCCCCCCGGCCAUGCCCAAGCUGCUGCCGGCGCAGGAGGCGGCACGGAUCUACCACACCAACUACGUGCGGAAUGCACGGGCCAUGGGCGUGCUGUGGGCCCUGUUCACGCUCUGCUUCUCCAUCCUGAUGGUGGUGACCUUCAUCCAGCCCUACUGGAUCGGCGACAGCAUCGACACGCCGCAGGCUGGCUACUUUGGCCUCUUCUCCUACUGCAUUGGCAAUGCGCUCACCGGAGAGCUCAUCUGCAAGGGAAGCCCGCUGGAUUUUGGUACCAUCCCCUCCAGUGCCUUCAAAACAGCAAUGUUCUUCGUGGGCAUCUCCACCUUCCUCAUCAUCGGCUCUAUCCUCUGCUUCAGCCUCUUCUUCUUCUGCAAUGCUGCCACCGUCUACAAAGUGUGUGCCUGGAUGCAGCUGGCAGCGGCCACCGGGCUGAUGAUCGGGUGCCUCAUCUACCCUGACGGCUGGGACUCGAGUGAGGUGAAGCGCAUGUGCGGCGACAAGACAGACAAGUACACGCUGGGCGCCUGCACGGUGCGCUGGGCGUACAUCCUGUGCAUCAUCGGCAUCCUUGACGCCCUCAUCCUCUCCUUCCUGGCCUUUGUGCUGGGGAACCGCCAGGACAACCUCCUGCCAUCGGAUUUUAAAGUGGAAAGCAAAGAAGAGGGCAAUGAAUGACAGUGCUGAUCGCUGCGAGAGGGCUGCACUGAUUCCUGACAUUUCUUGCACAUGCACCACCACCAGCAUAGCUGCAGGAUUACUGGUGCUGUAUUCAGAUAGGGUUUGUCUGGGGCUAAAUGGGAAACAGGCUUUGCUUUGCCUCCAUCUAGGAGAAUGUAAUUCUUUGCCAGGCAACAGAGAGCAUUAAAUGUGAUGCUGUGCGCCCCUCAGCAACAGCGGAUGCACUCCUCUCCCCAGGGCCACCCGGAGCCCUUUGCAUCACUUCAGGAGACGCGGCCCUUUCCUUUCCAGUGACUUUUCUGAGAGCUUUACAUGUACCACCACCUGUGGACCUCUACAGCUUUUCACGCAGGGGCUGCUACGCCUUUCAGCUCUCAUGGAAUUUACGCGAUGGGAAGAGCCCCAUGGGACAUCAGGUUUUGUUGGUUUCUUUUAGAGUCCAUCAGCAAACACAACGAAAAUGGGGGAGUUUGGGGGCUGCAAUUUGCUGGCUCUUGGAGUUUGUGUGUCUUUUGCGGAAAUGACUUCUGAAUUAAAAGCUGGCGUUUUGGGUUGC